AUAUAUACUAAGUCUAUGGUUUUCAUGCAAGAGCGUGUGUUUCCCGCUUUAAAAUUACCGGGUUUUGCAUAUAUUGUGCCAAUGGUCUUUAGUAAUAUUUUGUCAGGCUUCUAUCUGGUAUAGCAGAGUAGAACUGGCUACUAUGGAUUGUACAGAUGAUGAUUUUCAAGAUGAAAUGCUAAUUGGAGAAGAUCUUGAACAAGAAAAUACAUCUGUAAAAUGGAGUAGAACUCCUGCACCACCAUUGAAUCCAGAAAUUGAUACAUUAUCAUUUCAACAAAUAGAAAUUGAUCAUUACAUAGGUAAACCUCUUCCUGGAAUGCCAGGCAGUAAAUUAGGACCUGUACCCAUAAUGAGAAUGUUUGGUGUUACAGAACUAGGAAAUUCUGUCUGCUGCCAUGUUCAUGGUUUUUGUCCAUAUUUUUUUGCCUCAGGUCCAUCUAAAUUUACAAAUCAACACUGCAAACCAUUCAAAGAAGCUCUGAAUCAAGCAGUGAAGAAAGAUAUGAAAUCAAAUCCUGAUAACAUCCAAGAAGCCAUUCUAGCAGUUGAAUUAGUUUAUAAACAAUCUAUGUAUGGAUACAUAGGAAAUGAAAAAUUACCAUUUUUAAAAAUUACGGUGGCAGUUCCAAAAUUGAUAGCACCUUGCAAAAGAUUACUGGAACAAGGCACAGUUUAUACUGUGUUUAAUCAUCAUUAUAAAGCUUUUGAAAGUAAUAUUGAUUUUGAUAUCAGGUUUAUGGUUGACACAUCAGUAGUCGGCUGUUCUUGGAUAGAGUUGAAAGCAAAAAAUUGGAAAUUACGUGGUAAAUAUGGACACAUGUUGGAACUAACUACACGAUGUCAAUUGGAAAUAGAUGUUGCAUGGGAUGCUUUCAUAGCCCAUGCACCAGAAGGAGAAUGGUUAAAAGUAGCCCCAUUUAGAAUUCUUAGUUUUGAUAUCGAAUGCGCUGGACGCGAAGGCAUUUUCCCAGAAGCAAAACAUGAUCCAGUGAUACAAAUCGCUAAUAUGGUCAUAAAACAGGGUGAAACAGAACCCUUUUUAAAGAAUAUUUUUACUCUUAAUACUUGUGCACCUAUCGUCGGUUGUCAGGUGUUAAGUUUCAAGAAAGAAAAUUUAAUGUUAGAGAAAUGGGCCGAUUUUGUGCGGCAAUUAGAUCCUGAUAUUUUUACAGGAUAUAACAUAAAUAAUUUUGACUUCCCGUACUUGAUUAAUCGCGCGCAACAUCUCAACGUUCAGAACUUCAGCUUUUUAGGCCGAAUAAAGAAUAUAAAAUCUGUCAUCAAGGAUCACGUGUUGCAAAGUAAACAGCUUGGCCGUCGAGAGAAUAAAUCGAUUAACUUUGAAGGGAGAAUACCAUUUGAUUUAUUGCUGGUAUUGGUCCGAGAUUAUAAACUGCGGUCUUACUCCCUAAAUGCAGUAUCAUACCAUUUUCUUCAAGAACAAAAAGAGGAUGUUCAUCAUAGGGAUAUUACUGGUUUGCAAAACGGAAAUGCGCAAACUCGUCGACGUCUUGCUGUAUAUUGCUUGAAAGAUGCGUACUUGCCGCUUAGAUUACUGGAAAAAUUAAUGUGCAUAAUUAUUUAUAUGGAAAUGGCAAGAGUUACAGGAGUAUCUAUUUCCAGCUUAUUAACUCGAGGGCAACAAAUUAAAGUUGUUUCACAACUUUUACGCAAGACGCGGGAGAAGGAUUAUUUGAUGCCUGUCCAUCAAGGUCACGGUACCGAUGAGCAAUAUGAAGGAGGCACUGUUAUAGAACCAAAACGUGGCUAUUAUAACGAUCCAAUUGCUACUUUGGAUUUUAGUUCUUUGUAUCCCAGCAUUAUCAUGGCGCACAAUCUUUGCUACACGACAUUAAUAACCGUUGCUAAAAAGAAGGAAUUGAAUAUUCUUGAUGACGAUAUUAACACAACCCCUAGCAAUUCAUUAUUCGUUAAAAAUUCCAUGAGAAAAGGAAUUCUUCCUGAGAUUUUAGAGAAUUUACUGGCAGCCAGGAAAAAAGCAAAAGCGGAAUUGAAAGAGGAGACAGACUCGUUAAAGCAGAAAGUACUCGAUGGCAGGCAGUAUGCUUUAAAAGUUUCCGCAAAUUCCGUAUAUGGUUUUACGGGAGCACAAAUGGGAAAAUUACCGUGUUUAGAAAUAUCCGCUGGCGUUACCGCUUACGGACGUACUAUGAUAGAACGAACAAAACAAGAAGUAGAAGAGCACUUCCGAGUAGAAAAUGGAUACAAAAACGAUGCAGUAGUUAUAUAUGGCGAUACUGAUUCGGUCAUGGUAAAAUUUGGCGUGAAAUCUAUAGAAGAAGCAAUGGAACUUGGCAAAGAGGCAGCCGAUUACGUCUCAUCCAAGUUCGUGAAACCUAUAAAAUUGGAAUUCGAGAAAGUGUAUUUCCCGUAUCUUCUAAUUAAUAAGAAACGUUACGCCGGCCUAUAUUUCACGAAACCCGAUAAAUAUGAUAAAAUGGAUUGUAAAGGUCUCGAAACUGUACGCAGAGAUAAUUGUCCAUUAGUUGCGAACAUGAUGAACACUUGUUUGCAAAUAUUACUUAUCGAAAGGAAUCCACACGCUGCCGUAGAUUAUGCCAAACAAGUCAUAAGUGAUCUUCUGUGUGAUCGUAUCGAUCUUUCUCAGUUAGUUAUCACGAAGGAAUUAACAAAAACCGAUUACGCGGCGAAGCAAGCACACGUCGAGUUGGCAGCAAAGAUGAAAAAACGAGACGCCGGCAACGCACCGAAACUUGGUGACAGAGUGGCAUAUGUGUUCAUAAAUGCCACCAAGGGUGCUCCGGCGUAUCAAAAAGCGGAAGAUCCCGUUUACGUGCUCCAAAACAGUAUUCCAAUUGAUACGAAUUAUUAUCUAGAAAAUCAACUAGCAAAACCUUUAGUACGUAUCUUCGAGCCUAUUCUCGGUGAAAGGGCAGAAUCGCUUCUACUCAAAGGAGACCAUACGCGUACAAAAUAUAUCGCUACUUCACAAGUUGGAGCGCUCGCAGCCUUCACACGUAAGAAAGAGACCUGUUUGGGCUGUAAGGCCGUCUUAUCACCGGAUAGGGAGGACAAGGCAGUGUGUAAACAUUGCGAACUUCAUGAGAGCGAGUUGUUUCACAACGAAUUACAAGCCCAACACAAGUUGGAAGAAAAGUUUUCUAGACUGUGGGCAGAAUGUCAAAGAUGCCAAGGGAGUCUUCAUCAAGAAGUUAUCUGCUCAAAUCGUGACUGUCCGAUAUUCUACAUGAGGGUGAAAUCUCGAAUGGACAUGACAGCAAAACUCAAACGUAUUCAAAGGUUCGGCGUUCCGGAAUGGUAGCGAAGAGAAUGAUCGCAUCUUGCACGCUAGAUCAAUGAUCUACCAUUUGGCAUAAUUAAGUGUUAAAACUAUAAAAAAUAAUUAUUUGAAUUAAAUAGGCUUAGUAUGAUUUUCGAAAAAUGAAACUUAUACUAAAUACUUGAAAAAUGGUAUCUCUUAUUUUGCAAUAUCGACGCGACUUCAUUAACUUUAUUUUAUUUAUGUUGCUUAACAAUCUUUAUAAAUGCUAGCAUGAUGUUGUGUUUGUGUCCCAUCUGCAUAUUGAGUUCGAUUUAUAUUAAAUUUAUUAAUAUUAUCGUACGAAAAAGUACUUGAAAAUUUGAGAUGGUAAGUACCACUCUUUUAUGAUGGUGGUAUGUUUCGUACAGAUAUGAUCUAAAACAUUUUCGAUUUUUCAAACUCGAAUUUUUUUAAAAUAUUUGUUCCUAUCUUACUCAUUUGGUAAUUGCGUAUUUGUUGAUACGUGUGUACUUAUUAUAAGUGAUUUAUACCAUAACUUUAUAUUAAGUUUAAAUACCAUCAAGAUUAAAUAGCGACAUAACUUGUUCAACCAAGAUUAUGUGAUAAAAUUCAAUGAAGUAACGGUAACUAUUGCUCACAUGUAAUCAAUUAUAUAAAAUAUACCUAUUAAUGAAAAAAUCUGUGUUGAAAGAAUUCUCUAAGUUUAUUAUACUUUUAGUCUUGAAAUCGUAUAGAAACGAUUAAACAUAUAUAUGAUUCUCUUAGCAUCAUGUAUGUUCUGCGUUAUGAAAAGGUUAUGACUCUCCUCAAAUACUUUCACUGUAGACUGCACAAAAAAGAUGUUUAUAAUAUAAUAAUUAUAAUAAAUAUAUAAACAGAAAUGUGCUAUCGGCAACACAAUGUCGCCGGCGGCAAAUUCAAAGUGACAGUCGUAUAACUAGUCCCUUUGUAAGGCUCAAACAAGAAUAAUUUUCAUAUAAUAUAGAUCAUUUUCUACUUU